AUGGGUGUUUGUCAGAUUGACGGCGCAACGGAGCGGGAAAAGCCAAACGUGAGACAAACGUUGGCCGUUGCUUACGAUACAUUGCUAGCCCCAAACGUCAAAACCUGCAUCGACGCGUCACCGUCUCCUCGAGAUAACGCGCGUUUUGUGAAAACGCGAGAAAACUCCCGCGGAAUAACGUCCGGUCUCACAACAUGGUUCAGCCAACUCUGCAUUCUCCUCCACAGACUUAUAAAAGAACGGCGCCACGAAUCCUUCGACGCACUUCGCGUUUUCCAAGUCGUUGCGGCUUCACUACUCUCUGGUCUCAUGUGGUGGCACUCCGAUUAUCGAGACGUACACGACCGACUAGGACUACUCUUCUUCAUAUCAAUCUUCUGGGGGGUGCUUCCGUCAUUUAACGCUGUCUUCACGUUUCCGCAAGAACGCGCGAUUUUCUCACGAGAACGCGCGUCUGGUAUGUACACACUCUCCUCUUACUUCAUGGCUCACGUCCUCGGAUCGCUUUCCAUGGAACUCGUUCUCCCGGCGGCGUUCUUGACGCUAACUUACUGGAUGGUCGGUUUACGCCCGGGGCUAGUCCCGUUUCUCCUCACCCUCUCCGUGCUCUUGCUAUACGUUUUAGCCUCUCAAGGAAUCGGACUUGCCCUUGGCGCAGCGAUCAUGGACGCUAAAAAAGCUUCCACGAUCGUGACCGUGACAAUGCUAGCGUUCGUCUUAACCGGCGGUUACUACGUGAGCAAAGUGCCAUCGGGAAUGGUGUGGUUGAAAUACGUUUCCACGACGUAUUAUUGUUAUCGCCUUUUGAUCGCGAUCCAGUACGGAAACGGGGAGGAGAUAAUGGUGAUGUUUGGAUGCGAUCCCAAGAAAACGCAAGUAGUGGCUACGACGGAUCGGUGCCGGUCUAUGGAGGAGGAACUGGUCGGAGACAUUGGGCUAUGGACGAGCGUUAGCGUUUUGUUUUUCAUGUUUGUUGGUUAUAGAGUAUUGGCGUACUUGGCUUUGAGGCGUAUUAAACUUUAA